AUGGGUUUAACUAAAAGAAUCGUGUCUCCAGCUGAUUUACGUCAGUGGACUUCUUCUAUCGCUUGUAAUGAGAUUCUUAAUCUAAUAAAUAGUGUCAAUAGUAAAUUGGUCUCUCGUCCAAUCCAGGAUAAUUUGAAAUCUUCUAAGGCCAUAAUGUUGGUAUGUGAGAUGCUUGACAAGUUACAGCAAGCAAUUAAAGAUUACCCACCUGACGAGCAGCCGCAGAGAUUUGGAAAUAAAGCAUUUAGGCGAUGGUUUACAUGGUUACAAGAGAAUGCCAUUGAAAUCGGUUCAACUAUUUUUCAUGAUCAUGGUACCACAGAUUUCACUGAUCCACCAAUGUUAUACACCGGAGCAGUUGACGAAGUUUCUGGUUAUCUAGUUGAAUCAUUUGGAAAUUCAACACGUAUCGAUUACGGGACUGGUCAUGAAUUGGCUUUCUUAGCGUUUUUAACUUGCCUUUUCAAACUGAACAUUCUAAAAACACAAACUGAUUCUGGUGCAUCAACUAUAAAUGAUCUCCUAGCUGUUGGGCUUGUUGUAAUGCCAAAGUAUCUAGUAUUAGUUCGUCUGUUACAAACAACAUAUCGUAUGGAGCCAGCUGGCUCUCAUGGUGUAUGGUGUUUGGAUGAUUUUCAAUUUGUACCUUUCAUUUGGGGCAGUAGUCAAUUGAUUGGCAGUCAGCACAAUCCUACCGUGAUAACAGAUCGUGAUGUUGUUGAAUUGGAGAAAGAUAAAUACCUUUUAUUUUCAUGUAUUUCUUAUAUUCAUCAAUGUAAAACUGGUCCAUUUGAAGAACAUUCACAUACGUUGUAUGGAAUUAGUGAAGUACCGAAAUGGGAGAAAGUUAAUUCUGGUUUAAUUAAAAUGUAUAAAGGUGAAGUUUUAGAAAAAUUUCCAGUCGUUCAACAUUUUCUAUUCGGUAGUUUAUUAUCAUUUGAUAAAAUACAAAAUGGUAAACCUUUGGGUGGUAGUGAAAUAAAUGUUGGUGUAGGUUUUAGUCAACAAGGAUUUAUUCCUUCAAAUAUUGAUUCAUUUGUAAAACCAAUUUCAUCAACAAUUCAGCAAUCAAAUCAACACGGUGAAAAAUCGUAG